UUCCCCUCAGUCUCCAUGGCAACAGGGGGAGGCGGCGAGCGGGACUACAUCUCCCAGCACGCCCCGCGUUUCCCGCCGCAGCCCGAAUGCAGCCAAUCAGCGGCCGCCACAUCAAAGCGCGGGCGGGGCGGGGAGGAGGGCGGUGAGAAGAUGGCGGCCAAAGGCGGCAGGAACGGGCUGCUCGAUAAGUGGAGGAUUGAUGACAAGCCAGUGAAGGUUGACAAAUGGGACGGCUCAGCUGUGAAGAACUCAUUGGACGACUGUGCCAAAAAGGUCAUCCUGGAGAAGUACAAAUACGUCGAAAACUUCCGCCUGAUCGAUGGGCGUCUCAUCAUCUGCACCAUCUCGUGUCUCUUCGCCAUCGUUGCUUUGAUCUGGGAUUACCUGCACCCCUUCCCUGAAUCCAAACCCGUCCUCGCCUUCUGCGUCGUCUCAUAUUUUGUGAUGAUGGGAAUCCUGACCAUCUAUACCUCCUACAAAGAGAAGAGCAUCUUCCUGGUGGCUCAUAGGAAAGACCCCGCGGGGAUGGACCCCGAUGACAUCUGGCAGCUCUCCUCCAGCCUCAAACGGUUUGAUGACAAAUACACCCUGAAGGUAACCUUCAUCAAUGGGAAAACCAAACAGCAGAGAGAAGCUGAGUUCACCAGGUCCAUCGCCAAGUUCUUCGACGCCAACGGGACGCUGGUGAUGGAGGCCUACGAGCCUGAGGUCUCCAAACUGCACGACAGCCUGACAAUGGAGAGGAAAACCAAGUGAGCCGACCUCCGUGGAGCUCAACACAAUAAAGGAAAGCCGUAAAAGCAAG